AUGAAGAGAAUGAAACCUGUUAGUGAUCGUGGCGAUUAUUUUGUGCAGAUUUCAUUUAGUCCAAUUACGGGCUUGGAUGAGGAUAUUAAAAAGUUCACAGACGAUUUUGUUGGUCUUGGAAGUUUUCGCUUUGUCGACUUCGCUAACCUUUGGAACAAACAUAGAGUGAUACAUCUUAUCCAUGGAAGGCAAAAUCAGCAUGGUUUGUAUGAUAUAAUUGGUUGUAUCUUUCACCGCUUGGUUGAUCUGUUCCAACCAAACUCAUCUAAAAGCAAGUUUGUACAAAUAUGCGCACUUUAUCUUAUGUAUGCUUUCCAUGGAAAGCAGCCUAUUCGUAACCAUGUUCGCAUACGUGUUUGUCCUGUCAGUUGGUCUUGGAUUGUAGACACUGCUAUAGAAGCGCGUGAUGAAGGCCAAUUAGAUGUCUAUUAUGUAUUUCGGAAGUUAUGCGCUGCUAAUGCUUUUCUGUUUUGUGCUACACGACAAGUACUGUACCCAGGAGCACCUCUUUUUGACAGCCCUUCUGCGAAAGAUGAAUCGGAAAAGGAUAUUACGUCGUCAUCUGGAAAUAUUUCUGAUGACUUGAAUCUUAUGUUUGCUAGUCGUCGUGAUUUGCGUACUUAUUCGCUACCUGUUGUAAAAGAUAUUCAGUCUCCAUCUUCAGGAAUAAAUCAAGCAGUUCAAUGUUUAAAUCUAAGUUUAUCGCGUUAUGUUGAAUCUAAGCGAUUACUUAUGGAAAAUCUUAAAGGGACUGGUGGAGGUAAUGACAUGCAUUCACUUGAAAGUGAAGAUGGUCUUGAAAAUGAAGAAACAGAAGCAGAAUUCUUGCCUGGUUUGAAUCUUGUUACCUUCCCUGAAUCUUUAAAUCGUAUUGAAAUGCUUGCAUCAAAAUUAGAAGAGUCAACAAAACAGACUAGCCUUAAAUAUCGGUAUAUUUCAAGGACAAAUAAAUCUACCGCCUCAUCUGAACAAUCAUCUCCCAAGGCUAAUUCACAGAUUAUUGACAAGGAAAAUAAUUUAGACUUACCUCCGUGUCCUGCUACUGUUGUAGCCUCGGGGAUAGUUGAAAAGACGAGUAAAAAACGCAAAAAUUCAAAAUCUGUUUACAAGAAUCACUUAUCCAAUAGUCGAAAAUCUCCUAGACAGUCAUCUUCAAAAGAAAAUUUAAUUCAUGAUUCAGAGAAAGAGAAAGAAGUAGAAGAAAAAGAACAAGAAGAAGAACCUCUUGAUUGGGGUGAAAGAAUUCGAUUGCUUAAAAGAGCGUCAACAUGGGCUGAAGAAUUAGCGGAACAAGCUAAAGGAGUAUACAAAGAUGGUUGCCAUCGAAAUAGACGACGUCCAACAAAACCUAAAGUAAUUACUUCAUCUAUACGUAGAAAUCAAAGGCGAAAAUCAUAA